AUGUGGUUGCCUCAGUCCUUCUCUGAAACCACGAAAAGAUGGACUCAUUGUUUCCUGAGUAAUACACACGUCAUUAAGCAUGUGGUCAGUCCUCUGGUCUUUAGUCUCACCCGAGCUCUUCAUUGGCUGCAGACUGUGAGAACCUCCAGCAAUCCCAGGACUCACACAUUCAUAUGGAGAUUAGAGAGUAUAAAUAGAGGAGAGAGUGAGAGAGAGCUCAGAACAGCUCAGAUCUUCUCCUCACAGAGAGCUAACAGAAGAAACACAGCCAUGGCUCCUACAAUCACUGCAUCAAUCAUCAACUCCAACCACCUUCUUCCACUUACUAAUAAGAUGAGAAAGCCGUUAGUGGAGAAGAUGCGUAGAGAACGCAUCAACAGCAGCAUCAAGAAGCUCAAGUCUCUGCUGGGUGGAGAAUUCCUAAAGCAACAGCCCGAUUCCAGACAGGAGAAAGCCGACAUCCUGGAGAUGACAGUUUAUUUCCUGAGACAGCAGCAGCAGCAGUCACACAAGAAGUCCAGCUGCUCCACUGCAGCUGAUGAAGGCUACAGCAGGUGUGUGCAGGAGGCCAUCAACUUCCUGUCUCAGUGUCAAGUACACACUCAGUCCCAGAGAAGACUGCUGAGCCACUUCCUCACCAUGCAGCCUUCCAUGGAGGAGAGCAGAAAUGUUCCUCAGCUCAGCUCUCCAGCCUACAAGAUCAGCAGCAAAGAGGAGACUCCAAGCUGCAGUGACCUCUGGAGACCCUGGUAGAGCCGCAUGGACACUUUACCAUUAGGAAACUAACUUACUAAUGCCACAUUGGCAUUAACUAUGUUUUCCUAAAUGUGUUAGAAUAUUUUUGUCCAAUUUUACAUGGACAGAAUAUGACAAGUUGCUUUCAGCGUGGGAAAGCAUGUGUAGAUGUUUACAUCAUGAUAUAUUUUGGAAACCAAGCAGAAUUUUCUGGAAGGAUUUUCUAAGAUUUUAAUGUUUAAAGAAAGCCCAAAUUGGGUAUUAGGUCUCUGCAUUAUCAGAAUAUGUGAAGUCUCAUUUCACUUGAAAGCUUUUGCUCCUUCUUCUAUUCUAAUUCUUACUGUGUAAGAAAACAUCUUGUUGAAAUUUGUAGAGUUCAUUAUUGAUUUUAGCUGGACAAUUGAUUGUUGUUCAAUAAUAUAUUGAAGCUAUAUAGAAGAUAUUUGACCAUUUAUCGUAAAAUAUCUGUGUAUCCUGUACACCAGUGCCAACAUUUCUUGUUGAUUACAAAAAUGCAUGUUUUGGCAUGUGCGUUAUUCCUUUAGCUACAUUAGCUGUGUGCAAUUUUUAGUGAGUUAAUUGUGAGUCUGCAGUUGUAAAGCCUGGAAAUAACUUGAAUUUGCCUUCAUUGAAGAGCAUAAAUGUUGUCUUAUUUGUAACCGGAGAUUCAGUGCAAAGUCAUUGUUUCAGUAUGUUUACAAAAUAAAAUCUAAUGAUACA